AUGGCGCGCAGCACCAGUAACUGGCUGUCCGGAGUGAAUGUGGUCCUGGUGAUGGCCUAUGGCAGCCUGGUCUUCGUCCUCCUGUUCAUCUUUGUGAAGCGGCAGAUCAUGCGUUUUGCGAUGAAGUCUCGCAGGGGCCCGCACGUUCCGGUGGGACACAACGCCCCAAGGGAAUUGAAGGAGGAGAUCGAUAAUCGCCUGUCCAAGGUCCAGGACAUAAAAUUCGAGCCGCAGCUCCUGGAGGAGGGAGACGAUCGCCUGCUUCAGCUGGACGCACCCGGUGAGGAGAGUUGCUGCAACUAUCUGUACAGAAUGAAGACGCUGGAUGGAGUGAAAGACUCCGACAUCCCCUUCCAGGAGACGAGUGCGAAGUUCCCCAAAUCUCUGGUAGGAAGAAAUUUCCGGGCGUUCCUGUUGGAGAUGAGGAACAGCAGCUCGCCCUACAAGACCUACCGCAAGCCACUACUGGACGCCCUGCUGGAUGGAUAUGACUCCGCCCGCUACGGCACCGGGGUGUACGGCCGAGUGGAACACGAGAAGUUCAUGGAGUCUCUGAGCGAGUUGACGGCCUUGGUGAAAUCCAGAGACCUGGGAAGCCAGAGGCAGCGCCAGUCCGCCGCCAAAGACCUGACCGCCUCUCCGGAACCUUCCGCCUCGCCCACCAUCCAGGUCACCUACCUGCCGUCCAGCCAGAAGAGCAAACGGCCCAAACACUUCCUGGAGCUGAAGAGCUUCAAGGACAAUUACAACACCCUGGAGAGCACCUUGUGA